UUUUCGAAACCUGGUAAAAAUAAUUCAAUUUUGUCAAAAAGUGAUUCAACCAGUAUAAAAGAUGAAAACACACAGAUUCCCAAAAUAGACGAUGAUUUUUUCAAUUGUCCGACACAAAAAGUAUCAAUUAAUAAAAAUAUGUUUUCUAAACCAAAUGUAUCUCCUUCAAUUCAUGAAGAAGAAACACAAAUACCUUCAGAGUUAACCCAACCCAAUAAAAUUAAUACGAUUACUUCUAAGACCUAUUCCACCAAUAUACAUGAAAAUUUAACAGAGGCUCCAGAUAUGGAUGAUGACUUUUUUAACUGUCCUACACAAAAAUUAUCAAUUACUAAAAAGAUAAAUCCACAACCAAAAGCAUCUUCAUCGACACGUGAUGAUAAAAUACAAGAUCGUUUAGAAUUUUCGAAACCUGGUAAAAAUAAUUCAAUUUUGUCAAAAAGUGAUUCAACCAGUAUAAAUGAUGAAAAUACACAGAUUCCCAAAAUAGACGAUGAUUUUUUCAAUUGUCCGACACMAAAAUUAUCAAUUAAUAAAAAUAUGUUUUCUAAACCAAAUGUAUCUCCUUCAAUUCAUGAAGAAGAAACACAAAUACCUUCAGAGUUAACCCAACCCAAAAAAACUAUUAUAAUUACUUCUAAGGCCUAUUCCACCAAUAUACAUGAAGAUUUAACAGAGGCUCCAGAUAUGGAUGAUGACUUUUUUAACUGUCCUACACAAAAAUUAUCAAUUAUUAAAACUAUAAAACCAAAGCUAGAAGUAUCUUCUACAGUACAUGUAGAAGAAACACAAGAACUUUUAGAAUUCCCAAAACCUAUUAAAAAUAUUUAUACCACUAGUAAACAUGAAGAUUCAAAUCGGAUUCCCAUAAUUGAUGAUGAUUUUUUCAAUUGUCCUACUCAAAAAAUCUUAGUCCCUAAAAAAAUAAAUCCAGCAAAUGUAUUUACUACAAUACACGAAGAAAACACACAAAAAUCUCCAGAGAUUACACAACUCAAUAAGACAAAUAUUAAUAUUUCUAAGACUGAUUCUACCAUUAAAGAUUUUUUUAGCUGCCCUACUCAAAAAGUUUUAUGUAAUAGUAAUUCUAAUAUAUCAAUGGGUAGUAGGAAACAUGAAUCAGUUCCUACAAUUAUUAAUGGAGGUGAAACUCAAGACUCGUUGAUGCGAUCAAAAAUAAGUUUGCCUAGUAAUAUAAAACAUCAUAAAGGAAAUAUUGUUAAUUUUACAACACAAAAAGUGCUUAAUAAAGUUCAUUCAAAUUCUAUUUCAAAUUGUUCUAUAAACAUGAAUGAAGAUGUAACUAUUAAUCUUGAACAUUUUGAUGAAUCAAAMAAUCAUAAACAAACAGUCAAACCUGACAAUCAAGACAGAUGUAACGUUCAAAAAUCAAAGUGUGUUGAAUCUAGUACAAUUAGUCUAUCAAAUGUCCAACUACCAGUUAUUCGUAAUGAGAAAUCCUCAAAUAAUUUAAGAAUUAAUAAACCAAAAAUUCGGGUUAGAGAAGAUCUACAUAUUGUGUCCUAUUCUGGUAGUUCAAGCAAUAAUUCUAUGAUAAUCUUAAAUAAAUCUAAUGAAAAUGCUGUGUUUAAUAAUAUMAAUACUACAGUGCCUUUAAAUAAAAACUUUGAUUCCCCUGGUUGUUCAAAAUCUAUUACUAAGAACAAAAAUGAUUUGAACACUUCAUCAUCUACUAAGCAAAAACAUUUUACUGAUGAUUCUUUACAAUGUCAAGUAUCUACUUCCCCUAAAUAUAAUCACCAAAUGAAACAAUUGAAUGAAUCCAUAUUUAGUCCAUUAAAUAUACCUGAUGUAAGUGCAAACUCAUUGUUAGAACAUCAUUCAUCUCCAAAAACCACUGAGAAUAAUUUAAAUACCUUAAACUGUGAACCAUCUACUUCUAGUAAUAAUGCUUAUGAAUGGAAAUCAUUUUGGCAUAAGAAAAAAGUACAAAGUCAGGUUAAAGGAAAAAAUGAUAAGCAAAAAAGUAUUAAAAUCACGCCCGAAAUUAAGGAAAAUAAUAUAGAAAGGUACCAGACAAGAGCAAUAACUAGAAAACGAAAGCAAAAUGGUGAUGUAGAAAGCAACAAAAAAAUAUGCAACAGGAGUAAAAUAUUAGAACCAUUGGUUGAAAAUUCAUCAGAAGUUGUUGUUAGUUUUAGUUAUCUUAAGAGUCGUCACUUGCAAGAAAUGAAACAAUUUGUUGGCAAAACGGGUGGUACGGUUACAGAUGAGAUUACACAGUGUUCAGUAUUGGUAACAGACAAGAUAAGGUGUUCAAUGAAAAUACUGUCAGCAAUAGCCAGAGGAUGUCCAAUUGUCAAUACCAAUUGGCUCAAACACUCUUACACUGUUAAAAUGUUUCAAGACGUUGAUGAUUUUAUAAUUGUGGAUAAAGAUGCAGAAAGAAAAUACAAGUUUCAGUUAAAAGAAUCACUGGCCAAAGCAAAGACCAAGAGACUCUUAGAUGGAUAUAAUGUAUUGGUUACUCCAUCAGUGAAACCUGGUCCCCAAGAAAUGAAAGUUAUUAUAACUUGUGCUGGUGGCAAUUAUGUUUUAAACUGGACAACAACACAAUACUCAAAGGAGUUGAUUGUGACAUGCGAUAAAGACCGUUCUCGAUGGAAGUCAGCGUGGGAUAAUGAUUCGGCCAAAAUAAUUGACAGUGACACCCUUGUAACAUCCAUCAUAAGACAAAAAUUGAUUAUCUAAUGUAGAUCUUUUUGGGUAUUUCUUAUUAAAGCUGUAUAAAAUGAAAUAUGUAUAGUCACUUGUUAAUCUUCUCAAAAUUAAUAUGAUCCUAUAUUAUAUUUCAAUCAAUUUCAUCUGUACUAUACUAACUACAGUGAAAUCUCAGUAUAGAAAAUAUACAUAUAGAAUUAUUGAAAUGUCCACUAUAGGGAGGUGUUAUCGAUAUAAAUUUUAAAGUACAAAUGUCGUGAACAUUAAAAAAAAGGUUUUAUGAGAUAAAACAUAUU